GAAAAUUUUAUAUUUUUUGUACGAUCAUUUUGUGUGUGUUUAUUUAUUUUAUUUCAUUAUACAUGUAUCAUCUGGCUAACUAGCUUAGCCACAUCUGGUGUUAAAUGUUUACUAGAGCCCAUAGGCAUCACCACAUGAACACGACCUCGCACAUUAGUACAUGAGGUCGGAAAAUCAAUUGUAUUUUAUAACAGCCAUCUCAUUCUUAAAACGGGAACUUAUGACCGCUCCGUGAUAGCGACAUGCAGUGAUUUCCCGAACUACGACCAUCCUUUAUCAGCAUUUUCUUUCACAGAUAAUCAACUGGUAUAAAAUUACUAUCGAAAUGCUCUGUCGGCAUUUCGUUCAGUGGAGUGACGGCGUUUGCGGCUUGCGACAAAAAAGUUAAUCAAAAAAAUGUUCGGUCCGCGCCGAUACAGUUCUGUGUUAGUGUUAUUUGUAGUGAUUUUCCUAAACGUGAAAUCCUAUGCACAACAGUGCUACGUGUGUCGGGACUGCAACGUGGUCUCAUCAGAACACAUUCAAACCUGUAGUCCCAGAACGACAAACUCCCCACAAGAAACAGAUGCAACUUCCACCCUAAAAGCUGAAACAACCACUAACAGUUAUAAUACAGCAGAUCCUGUUACAACAUCUACAACGGCUUCUCCUACUGAAACUACACAAUCCACAACACCACCAAAUAUUUACACCGUUAUUACUUCUUUGCCAGAAUUAACAACAACUACCUCAGAACAAUCUCCAACAACAAUUACUGUACCAACUGACACAUUAUCAACUGAUGUCUCUCAAACUAUAACGGAAAGCCUGCCUGUAAUAACAAAUACUAUUUCAUUUCAAACGACGUCUCAGUUACCUAUUGAAACAACUUCAGCAAUAUCUCAAACAACAACGAAUUCAGCAAGCGAAAUAACGGCUGUUACAACUGCUAUGCCGUCCGAAGCGACAACAUCAGCACCACCUCAAACAACUAAUAAUAUCCAAACUGAAAGAACAACAACUGUGCCUCAAACAACUUCUGAUAUACCAAUCGAUAUAACAACUACUAUAGCACCUCAAACAACUACUGAUGCACCAAACGAAAUAGUAACAACUGAACCGUCUGAAACUACCACUAAUGUGCCAAGGGAAGCAACGACAAUUGCAACCCAAACACCUACUGAUGUUCCAACCGAGAUAGCAACUGAACAGCAACCAAUAACAACCGCUGCAAUUUCGGCAGAAACUACCAUCGCACCGAAUACAAUUAUUUCGGUUGAUACUACGAUAAUUCCGGCAGAAUCUACACCAUCUGAAAUGACAACAUCCGAAUCUAUUAACAUUAGUCCCGAAACAACAACUUUAUCAUAUCCAGAAAUAACGCUGGACGUAACAAGCAGUACACUUUUGCCUGAAGAAACAACAGCUAACUCAGCGCUUCCAUCCACAGUACCACCAGCGACAAUUUCACCUAUUGUAACCACGACUACUGCACCAAUUGAGUUCACAAGCACAGUCAUUUCAGCUUCAACAACCAAUCCCCCACCCAUAACAACGAACGGCUAUACAGAAAUAUCAACAAAUUUACCAACAACAGUAAUUCCACAAACUACAGAUUUGCCUACGACGGAAUUUAGUGUUACAACAGGUUCUCCCGAUCACAUAGUAACUGAAAGAAAUCCCAGUGGGCCACUAAUAACUAGGGAUGAUUCAGAUAUUCAAACGACCGAAUCACAAUUACCUCAAGAUACGAAUGCUCGUGUUGGAUUUUUGAGAACAAUUAGAUCCUUGAAAAGUGGUUCAGAAAUUGGCUGCGUCACGACAACGUAUGAAGAAAACGGAAGAUUGACUACUGUUAGAGGUUGUACCCACACCAGUGACGAUCCUGAGGUCAGCUGCCGUGAGGUCAUCGGCGACAAUUUCAGUGGAGCAUUAUCGUCUUGUAAAGUAUGCACUGGCGACUUAUGCAACUCCUCCAACAAAUCUACAGUAACUAUUAUAUUACUGAUAGCUAGCUUAAGCUUAGUUAAGUUUAUUGUGUAGAAUAGAGGUGGCUAAUAUAACCAAUAACCAAUAAAUUUACCGGUAAAAAAAAUUAACACUUCUAUUCGAUAAAUAAAAUUACCCAAAACGGUUAAAAAUACCGUUUACCAAACACACUGCGUGUAGUGGCAUAGGCAAUUAUUGGAAAUUAUAUUUAUGCAAGUUUCAACUUUAUUUCAACACGUAAGAUUCAUUUUCGCCUUGCAGAUGUCUUCAACUUAUCAUGUAAAAAAUAUUGAAUUUUAUGAUUUCAUUGUAUGCUCUAUACCCCUCAAAAUAAAGCACAAUAUUUAAGUUGGUGUAUUUUACAGUUAAUGAUAAUUUUUUUCGUUAAAAAAUUGAAAUGAAACGAUAUUUUUACCGAACGCGAAGAUGACGUGAUUGGUUGAUUUUUUAAACGUAAUAUUUUGUUUGGUACUUGACAUUUUGGUGGCUCAGUGCAUCUUUUCUAUUAUUUUGGUAAAGUUGUGUUUUUGUAUUUUAAGAGAUUUGUACUUUGUGUUUGUGUGUUUUGACUUUGUUUUUGUGUGUUUGAGACUUUGCUUACUUUGUUGUUGUGGAUUUUUAAAUUGUAUAUCUAAUUUAAAAUGCCGAAACGCAAUGCAGAAAUAUGGGAUCAUUUCGAAAAGUGCUAGUACCAUUCAAGUUUAACAUUAGCAAAAUUAAUUUUUCAACGAAAAGAUUUACCGGUAUUUUCAACCAAUAAAAAUAUCGGUAAUUUUUUUUAUCAAUUACCAGUUAACAGAUAAAUAAAUUCAACCGUUAACGCCAUCUCUAGUGUAGAACCGUCCUUUUUAAAGAGGACCAGAAUAUUUAUCAGUAUACAAACUGUGAACAAAGAGUACGUAUUUACGUAUUCGAAAACUGACUUUUUAUAAACUGUUAUUGGCAACGAUAUUUUUGAAAAACUUAAUGUUGGGACUUCCUUUUCCUUAUUCCUUCCUCAAUCCCUAUUCACGCCAUCUGUUGACACUACAAGAAAAACUACGCGCGUAUGAAAAUGGCGCGAAGAAGUGAGUAAAAAAAACAUGGUGCCGGUGCAAAAACAAUAAAAUUGUUAUUUGUUGAUCAAUUAGCACAUAUAACUCUCGCCAGUGAGAAAAUGGAAUAGUGCAUCAACGAAAUACAGAGUGAGUCCUAAAACUUAUCCUUUUCUCAGUCCCAAACAUAUCUAAAUACAAAACACUUAAAAGUGAUCAAUGAUUUUAAUAGGACCAAAUAAGAGGUGCAUAAUUUUUACGUGAUAUAAUUUGUUUCUGCUAAAACUUUAAAAGAUAUAUAAUGUGUAAUAUAAAAGUAAAUUAAUUGAGCUUCGCACACUAAAGUUAUAACAAUAAGAAAAGAAUGGAGUUUUCAUAAAAACCCAUAAAUGAGUUAAAAAUAUGAUGUAAAAUAUUAUGUAACGAAUUGUUUGAUAGUUCACGGUCGUUAUAGUUUAUUUUGAUGCAAUUUCGAAUGAUUGGCACUUACUUUUCAAGUGCGUUUGCAGCGGUCUUAGCUUCCACGUAGUAGUUUGAAGUAAUUAUAAUAAUAAUAAUAAAACUUUAUUUAACACCAUAUGUACAGAGUGAGCAAAUAAAACAAAUAAUAGUCGGUGACAUAAAUUGGCGGUGAAGUAAUUAUAUUACUGACUACCUUUGUUUUCCUAUAAACAAAGCUGAAGAAGAUGCUAAGCAGCGAUGUUAUAAAGCUGAACCUUUCGAGUCGUAUCACAUAUUAAGGCGGCAACUUUGAAAAAAAACUGACAACCGUUUGAAGGAAAUAAAUAUAGAAACAUUGUAAUCUUAGUAUAUCACUAAAUCCAAAUUGAAGAAUAGCUCACAAAAAACAUAGAGAGAAUUCUCUGUUUUCACUGUUUUUCAAUUAGCGAUUUGAUUAUCUCCAAUGAGAGGGCUAAAACGGCAAUAAAGUGUUAACCUGACGUAAACGAAACAAGAUUCACUGGUUAAGUUUAGCAUAAAUAUUUUUCGUUCAAUUACGUUCAUAUUUCGUGAAUCCGCAAUGUAAUGUGUCCGCUCUCAUAAUUCAAACGGGAAUAUUGACGCCUUCGACAUGCACACGUCAGCUUAUUUCCAAGUGUGAUACAUUGCAUGUAAUGCAACAGCAUUGGAAUAAAAAAUAUUAGCGCGAUUGCUAUUUUAUACGUGAUUCCGCCUUCCAAUUGUCAGGUUUUCCAUACAGUUUCUUAAAUAGUAAAUUUAGAUGUUUUUUUCCCUGUUGUACUGUAAAUCAACACGCACAGUUCUCUAUGACGGAGGGUAUAAAAUAAAUAUAUUAAUUGAAAAAAGUUAGUAUGCAUUAUUAUUUCCUGCGAUAUUUAUGAAUUGUGUUUGAAUGUCUCUUUGAUUAAAUUAUUGUAAUGUCAACUUUUGUAUAAAUUAAUUAAAAAUAAUUUUCCCCAAA